AUGUCACUAUCACAUACACUAACACUUAAUGUACCAUUUGAAAAUUCUAAUCAGGCAAAUAUAGCUAUGAAAGUAUUACAACCGGAUCCAAUUCUCAAACCUCAAGAUUUCGAAGUCACAUACACCACCGAAGGUAACGACCUCGUCGCAUCCUUUGCCUCCAUCGACGACAGGGUACUGAGAGUCGGUGUCAGCAACGUCAUUGACAGUAUCAAGACCAUCAUAGAGACCAUGGACGAGUUGUGA